AUUGGGCUCUUGAUGGACUUGUCAGGGCGAAGCCCAUGAAUCGUCGGGAAACAUAACAGAACCCAGUUGCGCAGACUAGCCCUUCUCCUCCUCUCCUUCCGGCGGCCGGCGACGAGCCGGCGACUCAACCCUUGCUAUCCUUUCGCUCCGCGCUGCAGCUGGUUCCCCUGAAUUAGAUUCCCCAAGAACGACUGCAGAAUUGCUCGAAUUCAGCUUUGGAUCCUCAUCCUACCAUGAUCAGAAACUCACCGGUGCUUCCGAUUUCCUUGAGCCAUCGGUGCUCGCAGACGAGACGCUGUACCAAGAGGGAUUCAGAAACGGCUACGCCGAUGGCCUGGUAUCAGGAAAGUUAGAAGCGAAGGAGAUCGGUCUGAAGAUGGGGUUUCAGGUCGGCGAAGAGCUGGGCUUCUACCGGAGCUGCCUGGACGUCUGGACAUCGGCGACUGGCGUCGAUCAGACCGCGUUUUCGGCCCGGGUGAAGAAGAACAUCCAGCAGGUGGCUGCAUUGCUGAGCAGCUACCCUGUGUCUGAUCCAGAGGAUGAGGAUGUUCAAGAGAUCAUGGAGAAAAUCAGGCUCAAGUUCAGGAUGAUCUCGGCCAGCUUAGGAGUGAAGCUGGACUAUGAAGGUCGGCCGGCGCCGUCGAAGCAGGAUGUCGAGGAUAUGUAAGUAGCUAAGCUAAGUUAAGAAUCGUAAUGGGUGAUGAAUGAAAAUACUACUGUCAUGUGCAUUGGACAUAGCAAAGUCCACUGUUAUUGUGAAUCGUGGUACUGAUUUCCAUCAGUGUGUGUUAGAGUGUGUUCAUGCAUGCA